AUGGAAAGAGGAAGGGAUUUUACGGACAGUGCGCCGCACACACCGGUUAGAAUGAAUUGUAUAGAGGAGGAGGAGUCUGGAAAUUCGCCGCCAGUGCUGAAUCUGUCACUUGGGGAAGAUGUGAAGGAUGAUGGGCCGGUGAAUUCUCCGUUCAAUAAUAAUAGCAGCAGUAAUAGUAAUGCGAGAUUGUCGAUGUUUGUUGCUGAUACUCCGCCUACAGGUAGGCCGAAUUCGUUUUACAACCUGCAAGGCGAGAACAGCUCAUCGAGUUCGUUGGUAGCGACGAAAGGGUUUACGUUUGGUGCGUCUUCUGGGGCAGCAGCGGGGUCUCCUGCGGUAACUGCGGCCCAAGCCCAAGGCCAAGGCCAAGCCCAAGGCCCAGGGCAAAGCCAGGAAUUCCAUUCGCAUAACAAAAGACACUCGUUCAAAUAUAUCCCGGGACCAAAACUGCCCCCAAUGUCAAGGACCAGAUCGCCAGUCAGAAAGACAAGGUCGCCUUCUCCUGAUAGAAGCAGCAAAAGAAACUCACUCUUGGUGGAGAACCCUUUCAACUUUAGCUCUUCCACUUUGCAACCCCCUCUACUCUCAUCAUCCUCUACUAUCACGACGGCCAAUAACUCAUCUUCAAGCGCAGGUGCCAAUCCAAACGGAGGCGGAAGCCGGAGUGCGAUGUUUCGUAAAGGUCAUCGUUACAAGCAUUCUUCCGUGUCCAUGAACUUCUUCCAAGAACCAGAAGUCAAGGAACCUCUAAACAUUAUCAAAUCUCUACCAGUACCCGAUUUCAAAGACCUCAGAAACAACUUGACGUGGCCCAAAACACAUAUUCAGAUUUUCAUAUGCGUGGUAGAACUCUUGGUCUCACUGUUUGUAUUUCAACUAGGCCAAGUGAAGGAGUGGAAAUCGCUCUCUACACUCUCGCAUUUCCUCUCAUACGAUGUACUCGGAGGUAUAUUCGCCAUUCUCACAGAGCUCCUUUCUAAGUUCGAAAUCUGGAAAACGGGUACUAUCACAUUGCCCUUUGGGUUAAACAGAAUUGAUGUGCUUUUGUCAUUUGCAUUCGCAAUUUCAAUAUGUUUCGCAGGCCUCGAUUUAAUAUUUCAUGUCCUUGAAGAAAUAGCCGUUUUAUUCGCUGAAAAUAGCACAUCUUCUGAUUACCAUAAGGAAAUCAACGAAAAAAUCCCACAUUCUCACCACACACAUGUCCAUGAAGAUCAACUACUGCAAUGGUAUUCCAUAAUAGGCCUAGCUGCCUUUAUUUCGUCGUUGUCGUACCAUUUCAUUUUUAAAUCAACGCAAUAUAAAAUAAAGAGUUCGUUGAUCACUUUGUCAUAUUUAUUGUACAUGUCUCUCUACCCCAUAUUAUCCCACUAUCACAGAGGAUGGGAUAUGAUAGCAACAACACUUAUGUCUACUUUUAUCUCAAGUUAUGGUAUUAAAGUUGCCAAGUGGACUUCUACCAUUUUAUUAAUGGGAUUUUCGACUACAUCACUUAACGACUCCUUCAUUGCCGAUGCAAAUAUUCCUGAUUCCAAGACUAACGAUGUGUCUGAAAAAAUGAUCCUGAAAAGAUCAUUAUCUGUAUCAGCAUCUACGUCACAUGCAACACCAGAAGUCGCUGCUCAAAAUACCUUGACUCCUACUCAAUUGAAUCCGAUGUUUGUUAAAUCAAAAAUAUAUGAUUCAAUACUAUCAUUACCAAUUUUCAAAAACACAUGCUCUCUCAAGAACCAAGACCUUUUAAUAUCCAAAGUCAAUUUCCAACUAUUUAUAGUUAUUAUGAGAAUUGAAAUGAAAAAUGGUUCCAACGAGGAGGAGCUCGAACUCAGGAUUGCAGUUGAUAAAUUGAUAAGAGAGUAUUUACCAAACGUAGAGACCACCAUAGAGAUAGAAAGGAUGUAG